AUGGCUACAGUGAUUCUAAGAAGUAUAUUUUUUGCAUAUUUUCUAAUAUACGCCUUCGGUGGUGAAAUCGAAAUGGAAGUACAGAGUGGUAGCGUACUGAAGAUGUUGAGGGACAUGAUGAACCAGUCAGCAGCUGAAUCUCUUAAUUUGAUCGCAAACGCUACGUCUAUAAGGGAAAAUAUAACAGACACGUUUAGCUGUGAGAAUCGAACCUACGGCUACUACGCAGAUGUCGAAAAUGAAUGUCAAUUAUUCCAUGUUUGUGUACCAUCACAAAGUCCUUCAGGUCGCAACACCACUUACAGAUACAGCUUCAUCUGUCCCGCUGAGACUGUUUUUAACCAGGAAGUACUAGUAUGCACAAGACCAAUAGAUUCGAUCCCCUGCGACGAAUCACCCAACUUUUACGACCUGAAUAUGGAAAUAGGUAAAAUGGUGGAUCCAGAAAUCAAUAAGGAGGCUCCUAAUAAAGAAACCGAAAUGGUAGCCGUGAAAAACAAGAAACAAACGAUACGCAAGAAACAGAAUAUAAUAAUGGAGGCCUUGAUGAAAGACGGUGAUGAACAGAUGAAGGAGCUGGAAGAAUUAUUUGAAGGAGAGAAGAUUAUUGAAUUACCAGAAGAACAAGAGAAAGUUGAAGUUACAUAUCAACCAAUCGCACCAGAAACUUUCAAAACUAAUCCUAUGGAACCACAAGCCAUUAUAAAUGAAGAAAAUGAAGCUAAACCACCUGAAAUGAACUCAGAAACAUUUGAGUAUCAAAUGCCAGCUGAAUCAGGGAAUGAUAGACUCGGUUCAGAGAGAAGUAUCAAGAGAACGGGGAGAAAAAUGUGGAGAGACGAUGAUGAAAGUAAUGAAAAAUAUAUCGAUUUAUUACCAGAAGAAGAGAAAGAGGAAUUUCUUAAUCGUAUUGCUAGAAGAAUUCUAGAGGAAGUCAACAGUCGUGGUACACCAAAAGAAUCUCAUGUUGAAAUUAAUGAUGAUCAGCUUAAUGCGCAUAACGCUUAUGUUAAUGAUAUCAUUAAAGAAGAAUCUAGAAAUUUGAAUGAUGAACGACGUGAUAAUAAAGAUGAUGAGAAGAAAAAAAGUGAUCGGGGUGAUGAAAAGGCUGAUAUCGACCCGUAUAUAGAUCUCACAUUGCGUACAAAGGACACAGUAAAUGAUAGUGACCCAGACAGACAUUUGGAUAGACAAAGUGGAUUUAAUGUUAUACCCGUCAAAACUAUAUACGAUGAUGAUAAUCUUGGUACUGGUGAUAAAGUUGUUAUAGUUCCACAAUCACUUAUAAAUGCUAGUUCAAGUAAUGAUAUAAAUAAGCCUGGUUAUAUAACUAAUUUGGAAAACGACUUGAUUAGAUCUGAUAAUAAUAAAAAUGAUAGCGAAGACUUAAAAGGUAAUCGCAAAUCAUACGACACAAAUCUAUUGUUUCGUACAACAAUGCCUGAUUAUGAUUCGAAUUCUGAUGAAAAUAAUUCUGUCACAAGUAACGAUACAAUAUAUGACUCAACAGUCGAACCAGAUACGAAAGAGGUUUUGACUACAACAGAAUCUACUGAUGAAGUAACAUGGCCAUCGACACAGAAAAUUUACGACAGCGAUAAUGAAAACUCUGAUAGCAAAAGUUCUGAGGGCGAAGAAACUACAACAUCCACUGAUUCCACUACAUCAAAUAACGCAGAUUCAUCAAGCACUACUUCUAAUUAUAAUUCAACUGAAACUGAGACUUAUAAACAAGAAAAUAUAAGCUCAACUACACCUGAAACCACAUUAAAUGUUAGCAAUAUAAGUGAUAAUACUACGGUUAACGGACAUUCGGUAGCACGUUCUGGAAAUAUGGACUUAAAACAGGCAUCAAUGAACCGAGAAAUUGACAAAAUUAAUGGCUCAGUAUUAAAUGCGACCGAAGAAAAUACAAAUACAGAAAAUAAAAGUGUAAAAGAUACAACAACUAUUGCAACUGUAACUGAAUUAAGUGCUGGAAGUCAUGUGUCACAAAAAAGAAAUAUUCAUUCAGAUGAGAAUAUAGAAAAAGAUGUAGAUUUGAACACAAAAGAAACCCAAUCGCUGCGUCAAAGUCGCACGUCAGAAGAAUCUAUAUUUGAAGACACGCCUCCAGAAAAAAAUGAUUACAAAACCAAAAUGAGAGAAUAUGAAGUGUUUGAAAUAGAUCCAGAAAAACCACCGUUUGUGAAAAAAUCUAUGGAGGAACAGGACAAGAAUGGAGUACCUAUAUAUGUAGUUCCCGUGUAUAACUAUGACCCAGAAAACGCUUAUUUUAUGCCACGUACUCGUCCUGAACCCUACAAAGAAGACGAAUAUAACGACGACACUAGUUAUGAUACGUUUGAAGAUAGCGAGGAUGAUAGACAAGCAAUGAAAUCAGAUUUACCAAUCGAGAGAAGCAUAUUCUCAGGAUACAAAAAACGAAGUUCAGGUCAUUAUAAAAGAAACAAAGAGAAUCACGUACUGAAAUAUCAGAAGCAAAACAAAAAACCAGAAAAAAAAGUUCAAUACCACAACAUAUAUUAUAGUCCAAAUGAUUAUUUAGAUUUAGACUAUUACUUCGGCCGUUCGAAUAAGCAUCAAGCAAGGAGCGGGCAUAAGAAACAGGUUAAACAUAAUAAGAUAUUCCCUGAUUCAAAUGAAAAGGACCAUCCCUAUAAUAGUUUGAAAAACGAUGAUUCAAUUAAGGAUCAUAUCGGAGCUGUAAGAAAGAUUUUGCAUCUGAAACAGAUAUAUGAAAGUAUUCCAGAAAUUAAACGGCAAAAGACCUUAAAGAUUGGUCGAAAGAAAGCUAAAUAUGUGGACAGUAUGAGUGACAAUACGAAAACAAAAAGUAAAAACCACGAAGAUAGUAUAUCCCUGGAUUAUUAUUUUGGUUUUAAUUCCAAACCCGAUCCAGUACAAGUAGGAAGGUCAGAAAGAUUGAAAAUAGUGGAAUCCAGUAAAAAUAAUGAUAAAAAUAAUGUUCACGACGAAAUUUAUUCUAUACUAGAAGUAUUAAAAGAUUCUAUACGGUUUAAAAAUGAGGCUCUAUCGAAAUAUAACUGGCUAGAAACUACAGUGGACAUACUGACGGGUAUAGAAAGACUUUUUGAAUUAACGAAUGAACUGCAAUUCGGUAAUGACAUGUACCCAAAAGAUUUGGAGCUAUUAAAAUACACACUUUAUCUUUACAAGACAUCUGUCGAUAUAUUCAAUAAACAAAAUAAUAUAGAAGAAAAAUACAGUGAAGAGGGCGAAGUUAAACGGAAAAGGGGACUACUGCCAAGAAAUAAAUACAAAAAGAAAAUUACACAGCCAAUUAAGUUGUGGAAAGAUGUGGCCAAGUUUAUUAGGAAUAAAACAAGUGAACCACUGAAAUUGCUUUACGAUUUCGAGGAUUUCCUACAGAAAAUACUUUUCUAUUUACACGAUUUCCACGACGCUAUAAAACACGUUGCUAUCAUAACGAAGUAUAAUAAACAGAUGUGGCUGGAAGAUCUCAAAGAUAUUUACUUGGACGAGGCCAAUGAUAAACAAUUACUCAAAGUUUUACUCCACUUAAGCGUUUCAAGACUAUUGAGUUAUGUAGAUGAGAACGCUGUGUACGGCGUAGAAAACAAUUACAGGGAUUAUAUUAAAAAAUACAAUAGUUAUGUGAAAAGAAGUAAAGAAGAAUUUCUCUUUGUUUUACAUAUACUUAACGAGUUGAAACAAUUUAAAUAA